AGAAACCAUCUCCACAAUCCCCAAACCUCUCUCUCUCUCUCUCAACACUUCUUCUCCAUUAAUCUUUAGAUAAUACCAAAAUUGUUUUCUAAUUUGUUUAGUUUCCUGUGGGUGAUUCUUCUGAGGCUCGAAGCUCCCAAAAGCCAUGGCUUCCCUUUCAGUCUCUUCUUCUUCGACCAUCAUCGAUUCAAGAGCUCCUCCUUCUCGGCAAGCCUCCGCCUCUUCUCCGUCGUGUAUUUCACUUCCCACGCUUCCUCCUCCUCCGAUUCAGUCUCAGAACCGCGCCGCCAAAGCCACUGCUUACUGUCGGAAGAUUGUGAGGAACGUUGUCACCAGAGCUACUACUGAAGUUGGUGAAGCUCCUGCCACUACUACCGACACUGAGACUACAGAAUUACCUGAAAUCGUCAAGACUGCUCAACAAGCUUGGGAGAAAGUAGAGGACAAGUACGCUAUUAGUUCUCUUGCCUUGGCUGGUGUUGUGGCUCUUUGGGGAUCUACUGGAAUGAUUUCGGCAAUCGAUAAGCUUCCAUUGGUUCCUGGUGUUCUUGAACUUGUAGGCAUCGGUUACACAGGGUGGUUCACUUACAAGAACUUGAUCUUCAAGCCAGACAGGGAGGCUCUGUUUCAGAAGGUCAAGGACACAUACAAAGACAUAUUAGGGAGUAGCUGAAUCAAAGGAUGAAGAAGAUGAGCCCUUUUUGGGGGCCAUUUCAUGAAUUCGAAUGAAGGAUAGCAAAAGAAUCUAACAGAUCCCACAUCUUUCCUUCUUGUAACUAAAUAAUUUUCAUCCUCUCUCUAUCUAUGGUCUUUUUUGUUAUAGCUCAAAAUGUCAUCCAUUUAUGUCAAGUGUUGUAAAUUCCUCAAGACUAUAUAUGAGAUGUUUAUUUCAUCUUCCA